AUGAAAGACUUUGUGAGUCUGAACAUCCAUGAGGAUACACCUUAUGCACUUAACAAGUAUCUCAGUUAUGACACAUUGAGUCCAAAAUAUCAGGCUUAUGUUGUUGUUUUUUCAUCCACCACUGAACCAAAGAAUUAUUCAGAAGCUAUGCAAGAUCCAAGAUGGGUGCAAGCAAUGAAAGAAGAGAUAACAGCUUUGGAAAAUAAUAAUACUUGGCAGAUUGUGCAACUCCCUAAGGAAAAAUCUACAAUAGGUUGUAAAUGGAUAUACAAAAUUAAGUACAAAGCAAAUGAAGAAAUAAAGAGGUUUAAAGCAAGAUUAGUAGCAAAAGGAUAUAGUAAAAAAGAGGGGAUUAACUACCAAGAGACAUUUUCACCUGUUGUGAAAAUUGUUACUGUUAGAACAGUAUCACUUGCAGCAUCUAAGAAAUGCCAUAUUCAUCAAAUGGAUGUUUACAAUGCCUUUCUUUAA